AUUCUCUUUCAUCUAUCUAUCUACAUAUAUAAAGACAGUAUUGGUUCACUUUUGAGAAGUGGGUGGAAUCACUGAGCGAAGAUAACAAUGGGGCAGAAAGAAAACGACGAGAGAAUCGAUGGUGGGGUGGUGUUGGUAAACCCUAAGCCUCAAAAUGGAAUCGCUGCUAAGGCAAUUGAUUUGUUGGAGAAGUUGUUUGUCAAGUUUAUGCAUGAUUCAAAGCAGCCUCUUCAUUAUCUAUCCGGCAAUUUUGCUCCUGUCGAUGAGACUCCGCCUUGCAAGGAUCUUCCCGUUGUGGGUUAUCUUCCGGAUUGUUUGAAUGGUGAAUUUGUUCGGGUUGGACCUAACGCUAAGUUUGCCCCUGUUGCUGGAUACCAUUGGUUUGAUGGUGAUGGUAUGAUUCAUGGCUUGCGCAUAAAAGAUGGAAAAGCAUCAUAUGUAUCUCGUUAUGUUAAGACAUCACGCCUGAAACAAGAAGGGUUUUUUGGAGGAUCCAAGUUCAUGAAGAUUGGAGAUCUUAAGGGCUUCUUUGGAUUAAUCAUGGUUAACAUACAACUGCUGCGUGCGAAGCUGAAAGUAUUAGAUCUUUCGUAUGGAAAUUCAACAGCGAAUACUGCGUUGGUAUAUCACCAUGGCAAGCUAUUAGCUUUGUCAGAGGCAGAUAAGCCAUAUGUUCUAAAAGUUCUGGAAGACGGAGAUCUGCAGACUGUUGGUUUGCUGGAUUAUGACAAGAGAUUGUCGCAUUCUUUUACAGCUCAUCCAAAGGUGGAUCCGUUUACCGGUGAAAUGUUCACUUUUGGCUAUUCACAUACGGCACCAUAUGUUACAUAUCGAGUUAUUUCCAAGGAUGGCUUCAUGCAUGAUCCUGUUCCCAUAACAAUUCCAGCACCUAUAAUGAUGCACGACUUUGCAAUCACUGAAAGUUAUGCUAUUUUCUUGGAUCUUCCUUUGUACUUCAAACCAAAGGAAAUGGUUAAGGAAAAUAAACUAAUUUUUUCAUUUGAUGAGACUAAAAAAGCCCGAUUUGGUGUACUUCCUCGAUAUGCUAAGAAUGAACUCCUGAUUAAAUGGUUUGAGCUUCCAAAUUGCUUUAUCUUCCAUAAUGCCAAUGCUUGGGAGGAAGGUGACGAAGUUGUCUUGAUCGCUUGCCGACUCGAAAAACCAGACUUGGACAUGAUUAGCGGGAGUGUCAAAGGAAAACUUGAUAAUUUUAGUAAUGAACUGUACGAAAUGAGAUUCAACAUGAAAAAUGGUUUGGCUUCUCAAAGAAAAUUAUCUGCCCCUUCUGUUGAUUUUCCAAGGGUGAAUGAGAGCUAUACUGGAAGGAAGCAGCGAUAUGUCUAUGGAACCGUGCUUAACAGUAUUGCCAAAGUGACUGGCAUUGUCAAAUUUGAUUUGGAGGCAGAGCCAGAAUCUGAAAAGGAAAAUAUUGAAGUUGGAGGAAAUGUUCUAGGCCUGUUUGACUUGGGACCCAAUAGAUUCGGUUCAGAAGCAGUUUUUGUGCCUCGCCAACCUGGUAUUACUUCUGAAGAAGAUGAUGGCUACUUGAUAUUCUUUGUUCAUGAUGAGGUCACUGGAAAAUCGGCGAUUAAUGUGCUUGAUGCUAAAACAAUGUCGUCUGAGCCUGUUGCUGUUGUUGAUUUGCCUCACAGGGUUCCUUAUGGUUUCCAUGCGUUCUUUGUAACUGAGGAACAACUACAAGAGCAAAUGAAACUCUAGUUUGGUUUGCCUGAUCUCCUCAAUUUCAGAUUACUAAAGGAAUAUUAUUGUCCAAUAAUACAUGAUAUAUACUGUUUGGAACAAUGGGUUUGAGGAAUAAGAUUUCUCUGAACAAAGAAUUAUUGUAUUUUGACAACUCUUGUAGUAAUUGUGGUGAUGUCUUUGUUGCUAAUAAAUUCUUGCUCAUUUG